UCAGAACACGUGAUCCCAGAGAGACCAAAUCAGAAGCUACAAUGUCUUUUGUGAUGCAGCCUCGGAAGUCACACAUCACUUCUGUCAUGCUAACCAACCCGUCAGUGUGGGAGGAUCAAUCCAAAGGCAUGAAUACCAAUAGACAGGGAUCAUCGGGACCCACGUGGGAGGCCCGCUACCCUUGAGGGUCUGACAGUGAUGAUGAUGAUGAUACCUUGGAGAAUCUUAAAAUCUUAUCUUUGUAUGAUAGCCGGUUGUCCAAACUAUAAUAAAAGAGUCAAAUGAAGUUUCUUCCACUAGGUGGCAGUACUUGUCCACAUCCUGACCUUCAUGAAAUAAGCACGUGUUGGACACCCGACUUUCUGACAGAUACUAUUCCAGGUGCUGGGGUCUCAGAGAACGGAAAAGGCAUGUUCCUACCGGUGCAGAGUUAACAGCUGAGUGAGUCAAUUCUUGUAGUAGAGCAUAAUAAGUGUUUUGUUUAUGAUAGAGAUCAGAACAGUGCUGGGCACAGGGGUACCUAGAGAAGGGUUGUGCCAGUAGGGUUCUUGAUUGGCAAGGAAUAUGAGAUUGAGGAAGGGUGGCAGGACCAGGGUGGCUCAGGUCCUGAGAGAAAGACAGAAGAUGUGGUCAGAGAGAAAGACACUGUGUACAUCUCAGAUAAAGAAGAGCCUUGAACUGAGCAAAGGAUUUGGGACACAUUCUAGAAUGUUUGGGAAGUCAAUGAAGAGUUUUAAGCAGAGGAUUCUUUAUCAGACGUUGCUUACUUCUGAGCAAUAGAGACUAGCUUUGGCUAAGAAGAAAAGGAACAUGUUUAAAAGGAUUCUGGAUAGCUCAGGGAAUUUCGGGGAGGACUAAAGAAGUGGUUCCUGGAUAAUUCCAGAAAUGGAACUCAACCACGCUGCAGAACUGCCCUGAUGAGGAAACUGUCAUGAUUGGGAUUGCUGCUGCUGCCCCACCCGGCCCCGGAGGAAACUGUCACCCUGACAGGAACCACUGUGGAAUGGCUGCCACCUUCAUAUGCCACAUGUUUUUGCAGCCUCCUGCACCAACAAAAUGCCAGGCUUCCAAAAGAACCUGUUUCCUCACUUUGCUCACAUCUAAAUCAAAGGCUCAUAGGGAUGCAUCUGCUUGAGGGAGAUCGAGUCCCAUGUCUGAGUCCUGGCUACAAAGGAGAAUGAGAUUGGGAGUCUGAACUCCUUCCUUGGGAAGGCAAGACUUAAAAUAAUUGGAAUUUCUGCCAGGUGUAGACAGGCCGUUCAAAAGAUGAUAGGAAGCCAUGAGUCUGACAGGUGUACACCACAAGGGGCAUAGGUCAGAUCUGAAAUGUGAAUCUAUCACUGGUCAAGUACAGGGGAUACACCACAAGGGGCAUAGGUCAGAUCUGAAAUGUGAAUCUAUCACUGGUCAAGUACAGGGGAUAUAUAUUAGAUCAGAGUUCCUCAAUCUUGGCACUGUUGACAUUUGGGGCCUCGUAAGUCAUAGUUGUGGAGGACUAUUCUGUGCCUUGUAAGAUGUUCAGCAGCAUCCCUGGUCUAUCCACAAAUGCUACUAGAAACCUCUCUUUCAGUUGUAGAGCAAAAGAUGUCCUCAAACUUUGCCCCAUGUUCCCCAGAAGGCAAAAUUGUCUUGAAUUUAGGGAUCAGCUCAGUUAGGAGACUCUUUUAGUAACUGAAAGAAGAAAGCAAUUAGUGGGAUGACAGUAAGAAUGUAGAUGAUGGGUGAGCAGGGAUGAUGUUACAGAGAUAGACAUAUUUGGAGGCCUUAUUGGUUAGGAUACAGCUUCAGCUACCCUAACAGAGAUCUGAAUAGUAACCUAAAAAAGAUAGAAGUCUGUUUCUCUCUGAGAUACCAUUCUUGGAGAAAACAGUGCAAGGCUAAUAUGGUGGCCAUCUUUAAAGACCAUCUACCACAGUCCACCUCUCAGUACUGUGUAACCCUGGAUAAGUUACUACCUAUAAAAAUGAAAAUAGUAACAAGAGUGUAUCAGACAGCCAUGUUGUAAAGGUUAAGUGAGAGAAUACCUUUGGUUCUGUCUUGUUUUAAGCCACUACAUUUGGGACCAUUUGUUAAAACAACGGAAAACUAAUCUACCUGGAAUCCUUGUCUCAAUCCUUUGCCCAGUAGGGUGCAACCACCGGCAUGGCAGAAGUAAUCCAAUCACAGGGAUUUAGCAGGGUCCUGGAAGAGAACCAGAGCAUCUCCAAGGCACUGCCAAGAUCUAAGAUCCCACUUUAAUGUCUGCAAGCAACAGUUACUGCAACUUUCAAAGAGUUAAGAAAUGUGGUGCUGCUGUGAAACUACACUUUGGGAACCACUGGUCUGGACCAUGUGAUCUUGCUGUGGUUGUUUUGGGUUGUCUUAACAGUACAAAGCACUUUGAGGUGAUAGUAUCUGUAGGUGGAGAUUUUGUGAGGUGCUCAAGUCAUGAAGGUGGAACCCUGAUGAAUGGGAUUAAUGCCUCAUAAAAGAGGCUCCAGAGAGAUCCCCGCCUCCUUCCACUGCGUGAGGACAUUGGCAGAAGGUGCUGGCUGUGAACCAGGAAGAUGUGAUCGUGCUGGCUCCUUAAUCUUGGACUUCCCAGCCUCCAGAACUCAGCUGAGUUCAAGGCUCAAGUGGAGAACACAUAGCUUCAAAGGCAGAAGGAAUCGAAGGUGCUCCCCAUCGUUGGACGCUUCCUCCACUUGAGAUGCAUACAAAGAUAGUCGGAGUCCUCUGGGGAUGUUUCUUCCUGUGGAAUCUCUACACUUCAUCCGCCCAGACCAUUUACCCUGGCAUCAAGGCUAGGGCUACUCAGCGGGCUCUGGACUAUGGUGUUCAAGCUGGGAUGGAGAUGAUUGAGCAAAUGCUUAAGGAAAAAAACAUCCCAGACUUAAAGGGUUCUGAAUCUCUGGAAUUUCUGAAGGUUGAUUAUGUGAACUACAAUUUUUCAAACAUAAAAAUCAAUGCCUUUUCAUUUCCAAAUACUUCAUUAGCCUUUGUGCCUGGGGUGGGGAUCAAGGCACUGACUAACCACGGCACCGCCAACAUCAGCACCGACUGGGAGAUCAAGUCUCCACUCUUCCAAGACACAGGAGGAGCUGAUCUGUUUCUCUCUGGGGUCUACUUCACCGGUAUCAUUGUUCUUGCCCGAAAUGACUUUGGUCACCCAAUCCUGAAGCUCCAAGACUGCUAUGCCCAAGUGAAUCAUGCCCACGUCUCAUUUUCCGGAGAACUCAGUGUCCUGUACAACUCCUUCGCUGAGCCCAUGGAGAAACCCAUUUUAAAGAACUUAAAUGAAAUGCUGUGUCCCAUUAUCAUGAAUGAGGUGGAAGCCCUGAAUGCCAACCUCAGCACGAUAGAGGUUUUAACCAAGAUAGACAACUAUACUCUCCUGGAUUAUUCCCUAAUCAGUUCUCCAGAAAUUACUGAGAAUUACAUCGACCUGAAUUUGAAGGGCGUCGUCUACCCACUGGAAGACCUCACUGACCCUCCCUUCUCGCCAGUUCCUUUUGUGCUGCCGGAACGCAGUGACUCUAUGUUGUAUGUUGGAAUCUCUGAGUUUUUCUUUAAAUCUGCAUCCUUUGCUUACUUUACAGCUGGAGCCUUCAACGUCACUCUCUCCACGAAAGAGAUUUCCAACCAUUUGGUUCAAAACUCUCAAGGUGUUGGCAACGUGCUCUCCAGGAUCGCAGAGAUCUACAUCUUGUCCCAGCCCUUCUUGGUACGAGUCAUGGCAACGGAGCCUCCCGUGAUCAGUUUACUACCGGGUAAUUUCACCCUGGACAUCCCUGCCUCCAUCAUGAUCCUCACCCAGUCCAAGAACUCAACUGCUGAAGCCAUCGUUUCCAUGGACUUUGUUGCCAGUACCAGUGUUGGCCUGGUUAUUUUGGGACAAAGACUGGUCUGCUCAUUGUCUCUGAACAGAUUCCGCCUCUCUUUACCAGAGUCCAAUCGCAGCAACAUUGAGGUCUUGAGGUUUGAGAAUAUUCUGUCCUCCAUUCUCCACUUUGGUAUCCUCCCACUGGCCAACGCAAAAUUGCAGCAAGGAUUUCCCCUGCCCAACCCACACAAGAUCUCCUUUGUCAAUUCAGAUAUUGAAGUUUUUGAGGGUUUCCUUUUGAUUUCCACCGACCUGAAGUAUGAAACGUCCUUAAAGCAGCAGCCAAGUUUCCAUGGUUGGGAAGGUCUGAACUUCAUAAAUGGACAGUGGAGGGGGAAGCCAGCUGCUUGACUGUCUGUUGGGAGUCCACUCCAGGAAGUAGAUGGCCCUUAAUCCCACAGCUACUGUAAACCGGGAAGGGGCAGACAGUACACACUGGGUUGUAAGCCCUAGUGAAAUGCUUAGGCUGACAGUUUUCUUUCUCAAACCCUCAGGGAAGAGGGAGGCAAACUGGGUUAAAGAGCUAAAUCAGGGUGUGUGUCUCCACGUGUAUGGAGGGGUGGGUGUUUGGAUGUGUGCUCGUGUUUGAAUGCACAUUUGUGUGCUCCUGUGUUAAUAAGGUGCUGGGGCCAAGAGCUAGGCCUGUGCUUCUGAGGAGGUGCCUGAGAAACUCUGAUUUGCAUGACAGCUCCCUUGAGCUCUUUCAGCAACCCAGGGUUUCCCACACUUCCCCGCAUAUUGGAUUUUAUGUUUUAUAUUUACUGCUACUGUCCUCUGUUUUUAAUUAAACUUGUUUUCUAUCAAUGUCAA